GGAAGUGUGCUGUUUAUCUUCCAGCAAUGCUCAAUCCAGAGGUAAGAAGAGGAGUGAGGUCCUUUGGCCAACUGAAAAGCAGAGUGGAAGAGCUGAAGAACCCUUGGAGACAAAGUUCCCCUUUAGUUCUAAAUUACAAUGAAUCUGCCCGAUUGGCAACAGAUGCCCUGGUGGAACAAGGAGAAAAAGCAUACCUCCAAACACUCACAGAGGAGAAAGAAUUGCCAUUUCUCUCAAGUUUAGAUAUAGAAUAUAUAUGCAGUAGUAUGAAUGUUAACAACAAAUCCCAAGACAUGCUGUUGGACAAGGAUGGCGAUGGUGUCUCUGACAACUGUCCUUCAGAGCUGACAUCUGGCACCUACUUUCCCAUAAUGUCUGACAUCGAUUUGCCAGUUUUGGAGCUUGGCUGGCCUGAAAUCCCUCUGCUCACCCGCAGUAAAGGGACAGAAGUACAAGUUAUCUUCCAAAAGCACAGGAACAACAACAUCAAAGAUCUGAUAAGAUCGCUCAUUAACAAAGCAAAAUUGGUCAUUGCAGUAGUCAUGGAUCUUUUCACAGACGUUGACCUUUUAUGUGAUCUCAUAGAAGCAGAAACCAAAAGAAGAGUCCCUGUUUACCUCCUUCUUGAUGAAAUUAACCUGAAGUACUUUAUAGAAAUGUUUCAAAAGCUGGGAUUUGACAAAAUUAAUUUACCUAAUAUGAAGAUCCGAACUAUAACAGGAGAUACAUACUGUACUAAGUCUGGAAAGAAAUUUUCUGGACAGUCUCUAUCAAAGUUUCUGCUGAUUGACUGCGAGCAUGUUAUUGCUGGUUCCUACAGUUUCAGCUGGCUUUCUAGUCAAGCUCACAACAAUAUGGUGACCUACUUUAAAGGGAACAUAGUGGAAGAGUUUGAUAAAGAGUUCCGCUGCCUGUAUGCCUGUUCAUUGGAAGCAGACUAUUUCUCAAGUCUUGAAAAUGAUAACAGCAAGCCUUUUGGACAAACUCCCACAAGGUCCAGAUGGAUGCCCAUAAAAACAGUUCCUAUACCUGCACCAGUCAUUGAAAAUUCUGUUCACUCAGACAGCAACUCUAGCUCCGAUAGUCAGUCAAGUGUAAAGACCCCUCCAUUUUUUAAGAGCCAGGCCAUCACAGUAAUUCGUGAAGAUAAGCCUGUAAUCUCAAAGUACCUGACUAGAAACUUGCAUGAUACACGAGAAGAAACAAGUAAACAGCCUGUGGACACGGUCCAUAAUCAGAGACGACAAUCAAAUCCUCACUCAGAUCCGCAAUCAGAUCAAAAUAACCUCAUGUUGAUGCAAAGACAGGCCUUAUCGAAAUCUACACCUGAUUUGGUUGACAAGCCUUCCUCUGCUCUAAGGACCAAGUUUGAACAAAUCCAAAAUAAAUUUCUCCACCCACCGAAUAAAACUUCCCCAAGAAUGAAAUGUGAUGCAGCACUAAAUAAAGUCUCUAACUACAACAGCUCUUCCGCUAACAGCAAUGUCCCAUUGGCUGAUAUUAAACGGGAAGAUGCAAGCAAGAGAAUGACCUUGGGACAUAGCAAGCUAGCACUUAUUACUGAGAGCAAUAACAAAUUGCUAGAAAGCAAGGUCUACAGUCGCUUUCAGAUGCGCCCAUAGUUGUUGCAAUGUUAUGGACUGAACUGGGAACU